UAACUCAAAUUAGUGUUUUUCAUCAGUUCCUCAAGAACAGUUUACAGAUGAUGCUGAUCAGUAAUUCCAGAGGCUGCUGACCAAUUGAUGUGAAUGCUGUUCAUGGUUGCAGAUUUAUUUUUACCUGUUUUUAAAGGAUACAUAUUCACAAUAGUAUUUUCAACAUAAUGUUGAUAUUUGUAAUACUUAACAACAACAAUAGCUAAUAUAAUAAUGGGAAAGUAUGAUGGAAAAAAGCUUCCUUUCCUCAGAGGACAAUGAGUACAUUUGCUAAAUUGGGAUCUAGUGAAGAAAAUAACUGCUAAUUACUUUGUAAAGGGUGGUAUGUGACUGUAAAUACUGUACAGAAUUUAAAUUAUUUAGUAUACUUUUCACUAUGAAACCUCAAAGAUCCUGAUAAAUCGCUCUGUCUAUACAUUAGAUUAUAUAUACAUACAGCUGUGUAUAAUAGAAAAGGUCUUUUCAGAUGAAGUUGCCAUUAAGAACGGGUACUGAACAUCAGAUAUCACCUUGCCAUCCCAGUCUGGUGAGAGAUGGGCUUAGCUCCUCCUUUACAGAAGCAGCACACUGAUAAAGUGGCUCAGCCACUGGAAGAGACAGAUCUGUACAAACCUGUAGGCUUCUGCAGUGCUCUCUCUACUGCUUUCUGAGCAAACAUUUAAACCGCAGACAUGGACAAAGGGCAGAAACCCGAAAUUGAGAAGAAAGAUGUAAUUGUCAUUGGGGGUGGUUUAUCUGGCUUGUCUGCUGCUAAACUGCUGAAAGAGUCUGGAUUGAAUGUCCUGGUUCUGGAAGCACGUGAUCGUGUGGGUGGGAGAACGUUGACUGUAAAAGGGCCUGAAUUCCAAUAUGUGGAUCUUGGAGGUGCUUAUGUUGGUCCAACUCAGAACAGCAUUCUGAGACUUGCAAAAGAACUGGGGGUGAAGACUCAUUUAGUAAACGAGAAAGAGCGACUCAUUCAUUAUUAUAAGGGUAAGACGUAUCCAUUUCGAGGGCCAUUUCCUCCAGCAUGGAACCCCAUCGUCUACCUGGAUUACAACAACCUCUGGAGGACUCUGGACCGAAUGGGAAAGGAGAUCCCAGCAGAUGCUCCAUGGACUGCUCAACAUGCCACACAGUGGGACAAUAUGACGAUGAAAGAACUAAUUGACAAACAUUGCUGGACAAGGACUGCAAAAAACUUUGCAACUCUCUUCGUCAAUGUCAAUGUGACCUCUGAACCUCAUGAAGUCUCAGCGCUCUGGUUUCUUUGGUAUGUGAAGCAGUGUGGAGGGACAAAAAGGAUAUUUUCAACAUCUAAUGGAGGACAGGAAAGAAAAUUCAUGGGGGGAUCAGGGCAGAUUAGUGAACGGAUCGCAGACCGGCUGAAGGGCAACGUCCACCUAAACCAGCCUGUGAUUAAGCUCUUGCAGACUCCAGCUGGUGUGUGUGUCGAAACACUAACUGGAAAUAAGUAUGAGGCAGCCUAUGCCAUCAGUGCUAUUCCACCAGGGCUGAGCAUGAGUUUGCAUUAUGAGCCCCAGCUGCCUCCAGUGAGAAACCAAAUGAUCCAAAGAGUCCCAAUGGGGUCCAUCAUUAAAUGCAUGAUGUACUACAAGAGGACCUUCUGGAGAGAGAAGGGGUACUGCGGAACAAUGAUGAUCGAAGAUGAGGACUCUCCCAUUUCAAUGACCCUAGAUGACACCAAACCAGAUGGAUCGUAUCCCUGUAUUAUGGGGUUUGUUUUAGCAAGAAAAGCAAGAGAUCUUAUCAAUUUGACUAAGGAUGAGAGGAAAAAACGUAUCUGUCAGAUUUAUGCAAAAGUGCUGGGAACAAAUGAAGCAUUGCAUCCUGUUCACUAUGAAGAAAAAGACUGGUGUGAAGAACAAUAUUCAGGAGGCUGUUAUACUGCCUAUUUUCCUCCAGGUACCUUCUGCCAGUUCAGCAGAGUUCUAAGGGAGCCUUUUGGUAGGCUCUUCUUCGCAGGCACAGAGACAGCAACCAGAUGGAGUGGAUAUAUGGAUGGUGCUGUUCAAGCUGGUGAGAGAGCUGGAAGAGAGGUACUGCAUGCAAUGGGUAAAGUAUCCCAGUCAAAAAUCUGGAAGGAAGACGUAGAAUCACAGGAAGUUCCAGCUGAACCAAUUACAACAAGUUUCUUAGAAGAGCAUCUGCCUUCUGUCCCUGCAUUUCUGACAAUGAUCGGAGUCUCUUUUGCAUUUAUCACAACAGCCGCAGCCCUUGGGUCGGGCAUCUUAAAGACAAAUUCACGUUUACGUCUCUUUCAUUAAAUGGAAGUUCUUGCCUGAAGUUCAGGAGGGAUAACGGCAAAAGGCUAGUCUUUCCCAUCUGGUGUUAAUCAAAGCAUUACUGAAUUGACCUAUAUACCUGUAUAUAGCAAAACACCUCUUUUUGCAUUUGUUUUAAUGCAUUAACCCUCCACCCCAUCUCCACCCUGCAGCUACCCCUUAGUUAACUCCUCUCUCUAAAGUUUAAGCCUCCUUGUCCUAUGGCUAAGGGGUUGCCCUUAUCCUACCUAAAAUACUUUCACUAAUCAUUUAACAUCAAUUAGAUGUUGUUAAUCAUCAUGAAUCCUUUUUCAUGUAAAGUGCAUUGUUUUAUCGAACUGUAAAUCUGUGAAAUGUAAGAUAUUUGUUAUAUGCUUAAGAUCACGCUUCUUCAUAUGUAUUUGCAUAUCACAUCAUCUUUCAUGCUGGCCAGCAAUUUUAUUCUAACCAAAGAAACACCUUUACUUUUAGUGAUAUAGUGUAAGCUACUUCAUUAGCUCCUAUUUCAAUCAAAGUCCCAUCAAUCUACAAUACCCAGAAUACUGUCCAAUCAGGGAAUAGUGACAGAGAUCAAAUUGCACUCUAGUUUGUUCAAUUGUAUAAUUUUAUCAUAACACAUUUUGCUAAGAAACACAAAAAACACAUCCCAUUGGAAAAAAAAACAACCUUUAAAUUCGGUGUUGAGCUGCCAAGUGUAGUCUUUGAGUACUUCAACUGGAAUAAGAAUGUAAGUGACACACAUUUCAACUUUAAAGAGAUGGGGUGGCAAAUUAAGCUUCUACACUGUUUCCUAUUACAAAUAACCAAACUUAAACAGAUCAUAAAGGAAAGACAGAGUAAUGAAAAACAGUUAUCAUAUGAAUCUUAUGUGCAAUUUAUGUUUUAGUGAAAUGAAGCUCAUUAACAAAUCUACAAUGAAAAUAAAAUGUAUUGUAAUUAACCCCUGUUAUAUACAGUAGAGGAGAAUUAGCUAAAUGUUAGUAAUAUCAUAGAAAUGUGUCAUAGAAACUAAUCACUUCCCAUUAUGCAAACAGGUGGAGAAGGUAAACUGUGUAAUUGUAUUUCAUCACAGUUAAAUGUUUCAUAGAAAAACAGAAGAUCUAUAGUUACAGUGUUGCAUUCACAGUCACUUCUCAUAACACAGAGUAAAUAUGUCCUAAUUACUUUGAUAUUUGUAUUAGGUUUUUACUGUAUGUCAUCUUUCUUGUCUUCAUGCACAAAAUGUCUUGUGUUGAUUGUUAGCAAUGGUAUGAAAAAGAAAACAUGAAUUCUAUCAAUCUCUUAAGAAAGAAAUAAUGUUGAAAUAAUUGAAAUUUCUUAAGUGUGGUCCUGAACUGUCAGUGCAAUAGCUGUCAUUGUCUCUUAGACUGUGGUCCUCAUCAAAGCUUAAUUUCAAUACCUUAAAUUACAUGUUGUUGGUUUUCAAAGUCAAGUGUAAUUUUGAAAUAGUACAGCAGUCUGUGAAUGCUUACUGUAUAUAAUGUGCCUGCCUAGUUAACUGUAGGAAACAGGUUUACAUACAGUAAAUAUGUGAUUUGUGUAUAUUUAAAUGUAUAGUAUUCCUGUCUAAUGUUAUAGAGCAGAAUCAGUACUAUUUGUGCUUGCUGUUAUGGGUGCAUUGUUUUAAAUUUAAGUAAAUAUCAAAAGAUGUAUGUACUGUCACUAGGCAAUUGUUUUUUCUAUACAUCAUGACAGUAUCAGAAAUUAACAGAAGAUCUGGCUAAUGUGUCCAAUCAGACAUCUAAAAGGAUACACAGGCAGAGGCUAAGGACAAAACAGUAUCAAUACAAAUACACAAACAGGAAGCACAGUUCAGACUCCAGGAAGCUAUUGAACCAAAAAGACAAAUGGCAGCUGGCAGACCACUGAGCUGUUAUUUAUUACUUGUUGAAUUGAUGCUGUGGUGUGUUUUAGCUGUAAUCAAUGCCAGAGGUGGACCAAUCUGCUAUGAGGGUUAUUUUUUGGUAGGCAGUAAAUUAUUUAUACAUAGCUGGAAAACUAUGCUCAGUACAUCUGAAGGACUGAUGAAAUACCUUAGGAUACAUUCAUUUAAAUAUUCCUGGGAUAACUGCAGAUUUCUAUCAGCAUUUAUAGAAAGGUGUUUUUUUAUGGCUUACAAACAUCUUGUGGGUUUUAAAUUUUUAUUUUAUGUAAUUCGUAUGAUGCUUACAGCAGUGAGAUAUUAUUGAAAAUCUUUCUUUGAGAGAUAGAAUUUCUCAAAUUAGCAAAAUAUAUCAAUCAAAACAAUUACAUUCUACAGUGUUAUGCAUGUCCUAUAUUUAUCUGUCUUUGAUUUUUCGCCUACUUAGAAUUGUGUGGGUUCAAUUUUGUUCUUUCAGAAAUACAGGUGCACUAUUAGAGACUGGAAGUGAAAAGAAAAUUCUCUGCUAAUCAGUAAUAUGCAACUUCCAAGGGGGUGAAUGUUGGUAGUUUCCAUAAUAUAGUUUUUGUUAUAAAUGUUGAAGCACUCUUAAAUCAUGGUUUCAAGACAAUAUCAAGAUAGUUUUUCCCAGAAAUUGUUGUGCAUUAAAGAUUCUAAUUCAAUGCCAAAAAACUGACAUUAAUCCAUUAUAAAGAAUAUAAAGCCUUAAAAAGAAUCACCGGAAAGGAACCAAAGCAAAAAGUGCACUACUCCCCAUUCGUAUUCCAGAGUUAAUAACUCGCUCCUAUAGAAAGCAAAAGAAAAAGAGAUUAGGAAAAGAAUAAAUAUUGAAGGAUGAGAUCUGAAAUGCGUCUUGCAGGCUUUUCUCGGGUUCAGUGGUUCAUUUGAUAGGGGCUUUACGAAGCAAAUAAAUAAAAGACAUUUUGCUGUAUCAGGCACUUUCAACAAAUUAAACUCAAUAUAGUGGAACGCCCCAUCACAAAGCCCUCUUAACUCCCUGGGGACUGGAGAAAGCAUUAAAUAACAUGAGUCUCAGACUCAAUAAUUUUCAGCAUUGCUACUCUGCACCAUCAAUAUUAAAAAUUACACCUGCGUUGGACAACCUCAACCCCUGCUGAACCCAGGGGGUUUACAUAUUGAAAUUAAAAAUGCGGGCCCAUUCUUGUUUUGUUUGGUAACAUUUCUAAGAUGCCAUGAAGAUAUCAAUUAUAAUUCCAGUGUUAGAAUUAUGCAUCUACCUUUGCCUUGCUUGAUGAAAUCUAUUUAAUAAAAUCAUUUUAAAUGUAACACAUCUGUGCAAAAUAGUUCCCCUCAAACAUUCAUUGUCAGUGCUUAAAGCUUCGUAAAAUGUGGAAAGGCAUAAUUUACAGUGAAUAUCUGCUCUGUAUGCUUGCUCAUCAUAUGAUUGCUGCACCUUUUAUAGCUAUAAUU